UUCUCUCCUCUGUUUCCGGUUUCUUCACGCGCACUUCCUGGAAACGCUCCUUAGAAACAAGGGGAGGAGGCGCGUGCCGCUUUAAAACAAAAUGGACCUCCAGGAGGUGGCAGCAGGAGACGGACGUCAGGUGUUAAGUCGCCCGGGAACUCCUAGUCCUAGUCACAGCAUCAGCAACCAGGACCAGACCCAACCUCCACUGGGACCAGGAGGCUCUCAGCCCCUGGGGGGGCAUGAUCCACAGUUAGAUUUUCAGGACAGCAGCCUCUCUCCGGCGCUCCGCCUUCUGCCUGCAGCCUCAGGGAUGGAGCCCAGCCUCUCAGAUCUGACACAUGCAGAGUUUGCUCCUUUGAGGGCGUGUCCCGACUUCUCAAUGAUAUCACAGGACGACAGCACACACCAGGCUGGGGGGGGCGCCCCGUACCCCAGCUACCCGGUCCAAACAACUGUCCUGUCUGAUAGGGGUCGGAGCAGCUGGUGCACUCUUUCAGAGCACAGUAUGUCCUCCACCAACCAGUACAAACUGAAGGAAAGACCCCCCCCAGACAAGACUGCUGGUGCUAACAGAGACAGCAGCUCAGGAGAAGCAGACCUGCACGAUGGGGGGGCUGCUGAGGGGAAAAUGCCCCUGCAGGGGGACCAGGUAAAAGGACCUGGAGCAUCAGGACCUGAUCAGUUGAAUGUCAGUGGGGGGGUCGACAGCCUUCUUCAGCCUCCAGCAUCCUCAGCUCACGCCCCCAGCCCGUCUUCAGGAGGAGAGGCUGAGGCGGGGGCCGACCUCUGGCCCCCAGGGAACCAAAAAAAACUCUUCCUGGCUUUCCUUCCACAGUCUCAGUCCACUCCUGGGGAGGUCAUGAUCCCACCCGGGUCCAGAAGCCAAACAGGAGUGGGCCGGGCACUGCACCCCCCCUCACAGGUCCCGGCUCUGCCAAGUCUCACCUAUGUGCAGAAAGUGGAUGCUUGGAGGGCAGGCCAGAGCAUAGGGCUGGGGGGGCUCUCUAGGACAGUUUCAGAACCCAGUCCCCUGACCUGCGUCCUCCCCUUUAGGUCACAGCAACCCCCCCAAUUUGCUGCUGACCCUGAUAGCUUUUCUGGGCUACAAGUGGGGCCUUCUGCCGAUGCGUCUUCAGCCCCCAGCCUGGAGCUGGAAUCUUUCUCCCCCUACAUGACUUCAAAAGGAUCGUCGCCCCCACCCUCUCCAAAGCCCCCGCAGCCCCACCUGGAUAAGGACAAUUCUAUAUGUAACCUGGAAAUAGACCACGCCCCCUUAACGAUCCUGACUUCAAUGACACCCAGAGGACCGAACCAAGACCCCAAACUCUCCCCCACAAUCAAAGGAUCCACUGCCACCCCCCUGGAGAGCUCUCAGCCAUCUGAAGGGGGAAUUCUUGUCAAACAGGACUUUUCUAAGGAGGUGACUGAAUCCGUGGUGAAAGUGGAUUCCCCCCUGGAUGCCGGCGGAUACAGGGGGGGUGGAGAGGAUUCUACCUUCAGUUCUACAGCAGGAUUGGGGUUGCGGGGGCAGGUAUCAACAGGCUUGCCUGCAGCCUCUUCAGCCCCCCUCCUCUCAGAGGACAGGCCUGCAUUAGUGCAGAUGGAAGCCAGAAAGCUGCAAGGUUCUUCUGCCCCCCCCUCCUCUGCUGCUGCAGACCCCUGGAGGAUGGGGGCCAGGUCCCACUCGGACCCCACGCUCAGCUUAAAGGAACCGAGGCAGAGUCACCCCCCUACUCCAUCUCUACACCCCACUCACCCAUCUACCGCUACCCCCACCUGUCCGUCACACCACAAGGCCGAGGGUGAAGCUGCGGGGGGGUCCCGCCUCCUCUGUGAUGCGGCCCGGCGGACGGAGCCUGAGGGCUGCAGCGCCGCGCCCCCAAAGAAAGUUUUAACAUCGCAGGUCUCCGCUGGGCCUCCGUCCGCGAGCACACAGCAGCUCUCACACCAGGGGGGGCUCCCGAGGGACGACGAGGAGCCCGGACAGGCUGAGCCCCCCUCCCUCACUACCCCAGACGCCGACCUGCUGAGCGACGGGAGCAGUGACAGCUCUCUGACCAUCAGGGUGGCCAAGCUACUGCAGGAUGACCCCGCCUCCACCACACUGUCCAGCCCCCCCAGCACCGCGGAGCAGGAUAGCAGAGAGAGGAAGGCGUGCUGCCGCCAGCCUCUGCAGCUGCAUGAGGAGGACAGGAGGGGGGUGGAGGAGGUGAAGAGGGAGCUGCUGCUGAAGGGUGAAGGCAGCACAGACACCGGGGGGAGUUCAGACACUGGGGGGGCCGCAGCCUUCAAUCCUGCAGAAGACCGUUUUGGUUUUAGUGUGCCCCCCCCAGAUAACCUCUUCAAGCCACUUGUAAAGGGUUUUCCCUCCACGUCCUCUGCUUCUCCGCCCUCCAUGGCAACGCUUGGUCCCUCAGUGAAGAAAAGGCAACAGGAGGGAGGGGCGACGUCGGCACAGUCAAUCCAAAAAUCUGAUUUUGACCCCCCCUGGAGCCACAGUGUGAGUCAGAAAAGGGUAGAGACUGUGGUGGGGCAGGACAAAGAGCCCCCCCUGUCUGAAACCAGCUCUGCCUCCGAUGUCAGCCGGGAGGGGGGGCAGUCUUCUGUUGCCGGGACACAGCGCGUCCUGACCCCCCAAACCUCAGCUCACAACCUCCCCUCAGCCGGCACCGCCUUCAGGCGAUUGUCUGCCAGCAGUCCUGAUGGAGGAAUGGGAUCCUCCCGUCCCGCGGGGGGGUGGGACCACGGAGAGCAACAGAUGCCUGAGAGUAGCAGGUUUCAGAGGGGGGAGUUCUCCUCCACAGCCCAUCGCAGAGGUGCAACAGCAUCGCCACCCUUAUUCGAGCAGACUCCAGCUGUUCCAAUGCUGCGUCCCUACAAACCUCCCGGCAGCGACGAGCUCUUCUACAUCCCUGAUAGAGAAGCCAGCGCCUCUCCUGCCAGCACCAUGGAGAGCUCCCACCCAGGCUCAGACGACGCCGUCCCCCCUCCCUUCGGCAGUGACAUCCUCGGGCAACAGGACCCCGGGUUGGAGGCUGGGGUGACAUUCAGGCACGCUGAGGGCAUCUACAGCAAGAGGGUGAACUCCUUUAACAUGCAGACAGACACCCCAGCUCACCCCAGCCCUCCAAAAUCUCAGCUGCCCCCCUCCACAAACGGGCAGGUUCUCAGGAGAGAGCAGAGGGUCGGCCUGCACCGCUCCCCCCACCCGGAGCAGACUGGCCCAGACCAUGCGGCCCACAGCCUGGACCUGCUGUGGCAGAAGUUUUGUGAGGCCUUGGGGGGGUCCGGUCCGGCAUGUAGCAGAGAGGCGUCACUGGUGGAGCGUCUGCAGCGCCUGUCCCAGCUCAUCCACAGCAUGGGGGGGCUUCAGGGGGAGCAGAGCAGAGGAGAGAGGGGGGGUCAUGGUACAGAACCACAGAGGAGAGUUUGGGCCAGCAGAGAGGACAGAGCUGAGGAGGCUCUACAGGGGGCGGACAGCGUCCAGUCCCUGCUGUCCUGGAGCUCCUCAUUGGUUCACACGGAGGGGACGGAGACCCCCUCCCCCGGGUCUGACUCCAGCAUCGAUACGCAGCGCCUGAUCUGGGUCUACGGAGCCCACAGAGUCCAGAAGAUGAAAAACGGAGCCAUCCACAGGCAGAAAAGGGGGGUGACGCAUCGCACAACCCCUCCGUCUGCCCCCCCUCCAUUAGGACCAACAGAGGACAGGGAGUCUGCGCGACACCGAGCCUGCUCCACCUCAGAGGGGAGGAGCAAAGACACCCAAGCAGGAAACAGCAGGACACGCCCACUCACCAGAGACGUUGGCACCACCUUUCCUUCUCCAGGAGACGCCAGAAGCUUUGGACAGACCUCAUCAUCUUCAUCCAGCACAGUGAGAGGAGGAGGGACGCCCCCCAAGUGUCAGACCAGCUCAAGACGGGGCAAAAGCCGAAGGAGCCCCCCCCAGGCUCAUCCUGGAGGGGUGUCCUGGUUCAUCUCCGCUGACACGCUGAGGUCAGAGGAGCGGAAGGAGAACCGGCCCGAGUCUGCAGCCUGGUUCCAGCACUGGUCCCGGGUUGAACCGUGGAGGGAGCCGCUGCGACUACGACAAGUCCAGCAGGACCGAAGACGGCAGCAGACUGUCCCGGAACCAGAGCCCAAGGCCAGGUCGCUCAGCUCCACAGGAGGGCCCAUUUCUCUGCAGGAGGCGCUGCGGGUGCGUCGCCCGGACUUCAUUAUCCAGUCCAGGCAGAGGAUGAGGCGUCUGGAUUUACAGGCCCAGGAGAGGAGGCUCCUCAGCCUGGAGGGAGCAUUCUGCUACCAGACGGGGGCUCCAGUGAGGCUGAGGACGCCUGCAGGUCCGCUCUUAAGGAGGGCCGUUCCGAGGAAGGAGAUGAUCCAGAGGUCCAAACGGAUUUAUGAGAAUCUACCGGAGGUGCAGAGGAGGAAGGAGGAGGAGAGGAGGAAGGCAGAAUAUCGCUCCUACAGACUGAAUGCACUGCUCUACAACAAGAGGAUUACGGAGCGCGUCCUGGGACGUAGAUCUGCAUGGAGAUGACCACCGACUCCAAACAACGCCGGCUUUUUAAAUAAAUAAACCAAAACCUGACUGAUGUUUCAUAGA